AUGAUCUGGAAUGAAGAUCUUUGCGGAGACGUUAGACUACUCGGUUGGCCAGUGGACCCUUAUAUUAAGAAGUCAAACAUUGAUAAAUGUCGUCUUAUACAAAAGGAUGAUUCCCGUGGCCAAAUCGUAUUUGAAGCGAUCCAGACUUUUGCCAUUUCAUUGAACUAG